AGUCAAGCGAAGAGGAAGAGCUAACCGGUGCACGCACGCGCGGGCAACUGCUCGCGCGCGCGCACGCAGACGUAACACAGCAGUCAUUACCUCGACAGACUCAUUUCCUAUUUAAAAAAAAGAUAAGCCUUCCAUUCGGAUAAUGUUUUUAUUUUUAUUUUAUUUUGAUAUUAUCAAGUUGGAUUAUUUGUUAUGAGGCGGCACACUCAAGCAGAUGUGUUGGACGGACGCUUCCCUUUUUUUGGAGGGGGGGCUGACGAGCGCUUGCGCGUACCCGUUUCCUAGCGAUGACGACAGAAGCGAUUAUUUUGGCACGUGUGAAGACAAAUCCGACGUUCCGCAGCGAAGACAACACGGCGGACGCCGGCGCUGCUCUCCGCGUGGACCCGCUCGCCUCCCUCUGCGCGGACUCCGAGUCCGCGAUGGGAAAAAAGCUCCUGAGUGAAAGCGUUGGUCCACCGGGUCAGCAACCCGCCCGCGCGGAUCCGGCCCACCUCGACGCAUCCGUCCCGCCUCCUUAUGGAUUCCGCAAGACUCCGUCGGCAGAGCCGCAGAAAAUCCCGCUUCUCCCUUCAGCCGCAGGCGUCGCCACAGUCGAUGGCAAGCCUCGGGAUUGGGGUCUGAAUAGUAUCGCCAGCUUCCUGAAAAUCAGCCCUUACGCCGCCGCAAGCAUGUACCCCUUUCUCGACAUGGCGUACAAGGCCGCGCUCAUGGCCCCCCCUUCCCCAUUCCUCUACCAGCACUUCGCGUACCCGUCUUGGUGCCAGAUGCCGGAAAGCGGCUCACCUGAAGACGGACUCUUUUACUACUACGUUCCCGCGCAUCUUUCUUCCCAUCCGGAGCCCGACUUGCGAAUGUACGCAUCCAGCCCGGCCGCCGUGUCGCCUCGGCGCUCGUUACGGGGCCGUCGGCAAGCAUCGGACUUCGGCAUCUCUCCGCGCCAGGAUUCCGCUUUUCCUUUUAACGAGCGCCAUCUUAGCAAGAGUAGCGCAAACUCCUCCCUCUCCACAUCUACGAACGCCGGUUCCACCGGCGACGGGAGCUUCGCUCGGGAUCCGCUCAACGACUUUGUUCCUGCGUCUGCCUCUGUGACACUUCCGGUGUCGCUUCCAACAGCAGACUCCCGGGAGAUUUCAAAGAGGUCGUCAGCCCAACGUUGUGGCUUUUCUCCCUUCCGCGAUGGUUCCGGUUGUGGUUCUGAGCCAGAUCCCCCGAAACCGACCGGCGGCAGCCCAGAUCGCCGUACGACCGAGAAGUCCCCGUCGUCCCCCGCAAGGACAUCCGUCGACGGAAAAGUGCAUCGACUGCCGUUGGAUCUGUCUGCCAAGAAGAUGAAAAGCUCGACAAACGGGUUCCGGUCCAACUCGGACUUCAUAGCCCGGUCGAGUUACGGGCCCCAGACUGGAGAUGCCCGGUGCUUUUUUCCUCCUCCAACACGAUCAGCAAAGACUUCGGAACCUCCCGAAGUCUUGAAGUCUUUGAAUUUGGAUCAGGGGGCAGUUGGCAGACCGUCCUCACAAAGAUCUUCCGAAUCCUUCUCUUCGACGCAGUUGGUCCGAGGUCAAGACAACCAGACAAAUCUACGCGAGCCACGACAGCCCAACGUUGAACCGGGAUCGACUUCCGGAACGAUCCGCGCUGACUCUUUUGGUUUAGGCUUCGGCAAUGGCUCCCUUCUUCCAUAUUUGACGGCGGACGAGGCGUCCUUGCGGCGCAUGUCCGUCGUCUCAGGCAAAGGCGCCGUCCACCGCUACCCCGUCCUCCUUGGCCAGGGCAGCGGUCUGACUCGCACGCCUACAAAACAGGGUCCGCCACACGGAGAAGAUUCCCUGGCUCCUGCCGCCACCUUCGCAGACCCCAAACAAAUGUCCGAAACACGUCAUGGAGGCCAAAACCGAAGACCGAGCCAGACCAGGAAAGCCGAUCCCGAGCGCAGCCGACGGGCUUCAAAGCAACCCUUCAAAUCUUUUUGCGAUAGUGUUGGCGAGAGCGUCGUCGCCGUUGAAGACGUCGAUGAGACUGGAGUGCGACGGGGCGUCCGAGCCCCCACGUUCCAACCGCAUCCUCUUCGUCGCAGGUGUUCUUCGCCCGCUCCCGCCCCCAGCAAGGAAAUCUCAACGGAAGCUUCUCUUAGUCCACCUCCGGAACUGCCCGUCCAGCAGACGUCGCAUUGUGCCCGAACGUCUCCUGAACAGUUCUCCAAAAAGAAGCAAACCGGAACCCCGUCCGGUUGUGACGGCUCGGCAAGAUGCGGACGUGGUGCCAAUGGACUCGAUGAAGGCCAUGACGAGGACCAGCUGGAUCGGAGGCCGUCUUGGCGCACCGAUGCUAGUCAAGAAAGCGCUUACGUCCGCUGCAGUACCGCACGGUUCCUGAACGAUGCGACUGUUGGACGCACUUCUCAAGCGGAUGGUCCGGUUUUCACCAGGAAGACGACGACAUGCGGCGAUACACCUUUGCAGGUGCCGGCCGACGUAGUCGACGCCGACAAAGAGUCCUGCGUCUCCAUCGUCCAAAGGGAACAAAACUCGGCAGAUGACCGCCGAGGCGUUGAUCUCAGGCAUCCGGCGUACGGAUGCGCCGUCGGCGAGCGCUUAGGUCAAGAUCCUUUGCCGGGAAAGAAUUCCGGGGUCGUCUUUAGAGACGGCGAGAAGAACAGCUCGGAUAUCAUGGACGUCCAAGUUGCUGAGGGCAAGGAUACUCGCAUCAGCACCCCCGCAGAAUCCUUUUCUGGCUCUUUGGACAGUCGAGCAAAAUAUGAGACGGAGGAAUCUCGUGCUCGCCCUCGUCAAGAGCGGUCGAAGCCGAAGGAAAACCAGGACGACGAGACGGCGGCAUCAAGGGAGGCCGAGCCGGCAGACGGCCCGCCGUGCGACGCAGGCGGAGCUGAAGGGGGGUGGUUGGAGCUCUGCCGACAGAGCGAGGGGAGGGGCGGAGGCCCCGUCCCGACACUCCGCGUCGACGCACAGAAAGAUGCACAAGCAUCAAGCAUUUGCGUCACGCCGGAGCACCGCCGUGCCAAUGACCUUGUCGGCAAGGAUGGCUGCUCACCGGAGAAGGAAGAAAGGCAAGAGGCUCCUCCCGUCACCGGCGUCGCUGGAUUUCACUGCAACAAAGCGUCCUCCGUGACGGGCCUGAGCGAUUUGGAUCCCGACCUGGCGACAAACCACCAGCGCGUUUUGGGCCCGGAGCCGUUUCACCGGUGCAGCAUCAGUGGUCGUUGGGUGAAGCGAAGAAGAACGCAGGACAACGACGGUAUAAGCAGAAUUGCGUUCUUUUCAAUCGACAGUCCAUUGAUCCGUUGGCUGACCCAAUUUCGAGUUUUUUUGACUUGA